AUGUCCUACUACUUCCUGUGCACACCCGCCAUCAUGAAGGCCGCCAUUGUGCUCAGUGCCGUGUUUGUUCUCCAGCUGCCUGAAUUCAGGUGUGCUGUGCCUGGGCUGGCAAACGACACGUUCCAACAGCAGGACGAGCACCACAAAGAUGUCAUCGACAUCAACAUACCCCCCGCUUUACCAGACGAGGAGUUUGCUCAGGUCUACUCCCAAUGCUAUCACUACGCCAACGCCACUAGCAGUCUCCGACAGCAGGUCAACUCAUCUUUGAGAUGGGAGACAGGCAAUAGUACACACCAUCUGUCUAAAUGCCAGUCCUGGGUCUAUGACAGAAGCGAAGUCCAUUCCUCAAUUUUAACCGAGUUCAACUACGUAUGCGACAACAAGGUCAUGAGAUCCCACGCAAACAUGGGCUUCUUCACCGGGUCAUUGGUUGGUUGUCUUCUGAUUGGAGCCAUUGCGGAUAUCAUUGGCAGAAAGAAGGCGCUGCUACUGUGUGUGGGAAUCCAGGUGGUGUGUGGCACAAGUCUCUACUUCAUCCCAUCCAUGGUUGGUGUCGUAGUGGUCAGGUCCUUCCAGGGCAUGGCUGCCGAGAUGUUCGCCAUCAGGAUGGAGCUGGUGGGUCCAGGAAAGCGCACGUUUGCAGGGAUUGUCGUGCAGCUCUUCUGGAGUCUUGGCGGGUUUCUGGUCCUCUUGGUAGCAUACCUGACCAAGGACUGGAGGAUCACCGAGCUGGUGUAUGGACUGGUUGCGGUUCCAAUCUUCAUCAUGGCUUGUGUAGCACCGGAGUCUCCUCGCUGGUUGCUCGACAAACAACGGUAUGAUGAGGCCGAGAAGAUUCUGCGACGAAUCGCCAAAUCAAAUAAA